GACAACGAUGGAUAAGAGUCUUUAUUUAGAGUAUACAUGAUGUAUUUUCCCAAAAAUUUGAAGACCUUUUUACUUUUACUUCUAUGGAGGUUAAUUUCUGUUUUUGUUGUACAAACUGCUCAUGUGCCAGAUGAAUAUUGGCAAUCUUUGGAAGUCGCCCAUCGUCUUGCCUUUGGUUAUGGAUAUCUCACGUGGGAAUGGACUGCGAAAAUCCGUAGUUAUGUCUAUCCAUUUUUGAUAAGUUUUUUAUACAGGCUAUUAGCUAUUUUUUCUUUAGAUUCAGUUAUAACCUUAAUAAUAGUACCAAGACUAUUCCAAGCUAUAAUCAGUGCUUAUGCCGAUUACAAAUUUUACAGAUGGACUAAAAACAAAUGGAUGUUGUAUAGUUUAUGUAUUAAUUGGUAUUGGUAUUAUUGUGCAACACGUACACUCAUUAACUCAUUAGAAACUUCUUUUACUAUUAUAGCUUUAUCUAUGUUUCCAUGGCGCAACAGUAAUAUAAAAAGCAUUAAAUUUCUAUGGAUAGUUGGUUUUCUUUGUAUGAUAAGACCAACUGCUGCUAUUGUGUGGAUACCUUUAUGUAUAUAUCAUUUUUGUACUAGUUUACAAAACAAAGUAUUAUUAAUUUGUCAAUAUGGUACAAUUGGUACUAUAUAUUUACUAGGUUCUGUGAUAUUAGAUAGUUAUUGUUAUAAAAGUUUUACAAUAUCUUCGUUAGAAUUUUUCCGUUUAAAUGUACUACAAGGAAUAGGUGAUACAUAUGGAAGAAAACAUACAUUAUGGUAUAUACUUUCUGCUUUACCAGUCCUUCUUGGGCUUCAUUGCGUUACAUUCUUAGCAACGCUACCACAGAUAAUUAAACGUCCUAAACAAUUUCAUAGAGAGGCACUUAUGUUAACGGUCAUUGGAUGGACAAUCGGCAUUUAUUCAUUAUUGUCUCACAAAGAAUUUCGUUUUCUAUUACCACUCCUGCCAAUGUUUAUAUAUAUAAGUACAAGUUGUACCAUUCAUGUUAAAGUUAUUUCUAGAGAAUUAUUGAGAAAGAUCUUUUUAUCUCUCUUAGUAAUAACCAAUGUAAUUCCAGGAUUUUAUUUUUGUUUAAUCCAUCAACGUGGAACAUUAGAUAUAAUGAAUACCUUACAAACUGAUUUGGUUAAUGAAAAUUCUACGUCCAUAAAUAUAUUAUUUUUAACGCCUUGUCAUGCAACACCUUUAUACAGUCAUCUGCAUAUCAAUGUAACCACCAGAUUUUUAACUUGUGAACCUAAUUUUAAAAAUUCUGAAGAUUAUGUAGAUGAAGCGGAUCAAUUCUUUGAAAAUCCAAUGCUUUGGAUAAGAAAUAACUAUUUACAAAAUAAAACCAUAAUACCUAGUCAUGUAAUAGUAUUUGAUAAGAUUCCAUCAAAGAUAAAAGACUUUCUGGAGAAUUAUAGGUUAUUAAUCAAAGUUUUUCACACACAUUUUCCACCAUCAAAUUAUGGAAAAUAUAUAAUGUUAUACAAACGUAUAGAUUAAAUCAGAUUUAUUUAAUCAAUAAAUUAAAAUUACUAUUA